AUGGCUCCCCUGGAUCCGUCCGUUGCCAAGGUACUGGACAGCCAUCGCCCAGCUCAUGAAGAAGACGACGAAGACGCCCUUAUAGCAGAGCUCGAGGAAGAAGACGAUGGCGCCCUCUCUGCCAUGCGCGAGAGGCGCCUGGAGCAAUUGCACGCAGAAGUAUCGCGCGCCAAGCUCAUGAAAGAGACUUCCCAUGGCACCUACAUGGAGAUCAAGGAUGAGAAAGUCCUGAUGGACAUCACCACUUCAACCAAGCUCUGCGUCGUGCACUUCAUGAAACCGGACUUCAAUCGCUGCCGUAUCAUGGACGAGAAUCUACGCAUACUUGCAGACAAGCACUUCGACACGCGCUUUGUGAGCAUCAACGUCGACAACGCCCCGUUCCUGGUGGUUAAGCUUGGCAUCAAAGUCUUGCCCUGCGUCAUCGCGUUCACAGACGGAGUCAGCGCCGACAGGCUUAUUGGCUUCGAAGGCAUUGGUCGGAAGCCUGACUCGUUCACUGUGAGUGAACUCGAGGCACGAUUGCUCGCCUGUGGCGUACUGGUGCGAGCGAAGAUGAACAAGGACGAUGACCGGAGACAAGACGUGAGAGAACGCGACAGGGUUGAGGAUUACGACGAUGAUGAGUGGGACUGA